AUGAACACUACAGCAGACACGGUCGAGCGGUUCCUGGACUAUUACGUCUUCAAAGUGCUCAAACUUUUCGUUCCUAUUGUUAUCUUUCUUGUCGUUGUCUAUCUGAUACAAACCGAGAUCAUUCGAUACCGCCGAAGAAUCAAGAAUCUUGCUGGCCCCUGUGGAUGGCCCAUUGUCGGCAACCUGUUUCAACCGAAUCAAGUGCCGGCAGAGACUUACCGACAAUGGGCGGAAAAAUACGGACCAGUAUUUCAGAUCCAGCUCGGAAACACUACAGGUGUCGUUGUCAACUCUGUGGAAUCAGCAAAGCAACUUUUCCUCGGCCAAAGACACGCGAUGAACUCCCGACCGACCUUUUACGUUUUCCAUAGUAAAGUCAGCAAGGCCGUUACCAGCAUCGGCACCAGCCCCUGGGACGACUCCUGCAAGAGGCGUCGCAAACUCGCGGCUGGUGCUUUGAACCGUCCACGAGUCGAGAGUUACGCGCCCAUUCUGAAUCUUGAGGCGCGGGAGUUUCUCAAGGACUUGUACUCCUUGUGUCAUGACGGCUCCGUUGAGAUCGACUUCCGACCGGCGGUGCGGCGAUUUGCACUCAACCUGAGUCUGACCUUGAACUACGGCACUAGGGUUUCCAAUGUCAAGUCUCUAGAAGAUGAUCCGCUUUUGGCAGAAAUCAUCUACGUCGAGUCUGAGAUCUCCAAGUUUCGCGACACAGGAAAGAAUUAUGCAAAUUACAUCCCUUUGCUCCGGUACUGGGAGCCGGUCGCCGACUUGAUUGGUCUAGGCUCGACACCGACGAACCAUGCAGCGGACAUUGGCCGUCGAAGGCUGGAGUACAAUGAUGUUCUCUUGAAGCGGCUGAAAGAGGAAGUGGCGCGAGGCGAAGACAAGCCUUGCAUACAAGGUGCUGUCCUGAAAGAUCCGGAGUCCGCAACAUUGACUCGAGAGGAGUUAAUCAGCGUCAGUUUGAGCAUGAUGGCUGGUGCCGAUUCAAACCAGCCGACUCUGGCUUGGGCAAUUCUUCUCCUUGCGCAUCGCCCCGACAUCCAGGAGAAAGCUUUCGCAGCUGUUGAGAAUGCCGGAGUUCUCAAACAAGCAUCAAAUAACUAUGCUUCUACCAAGGUCGACUAUGUUGAUGCACUGACCAAGGAGAUUUCGAGAUACUUUGUUGUUCUGAAGUUGGCUUUGCCAAAAGCCACCUACACGGAUGUGACCUGGGGCGCUGCUACUAUACCGGCGAACACCUUGGUGUUCUUGAAUAGUUGGGCGUAUCCGGAACUCUUCACUCAACCCGAUGUUUUCGCCCCUGAGCGAUGGCUCCCAGAUGCGCCGGACCAGUACGCGCAUCAGUUCGCUUUCGGGAUGGGCGGUCGGAUGUGUGUAGCGUCUCACCUAGCUCAUAAUGCGCUGUACACGGUGUUUUUACACUUGAUCGCGCGAUUCCACAUCCUUCCCGCAGACGGAGAGAAUCCCGACGAGAUCGAUCCGUUAAAGGGUUUAAAGGGAAUCGCCGUCAAGGGCCUCAUCGCCGUCGUGACCGGUGGGGGGACUGGUAUCGGCCUCAUGAUCGCACAGGGCCUCGAGGCCAAUGGUGCAAUUGUGUACAUUAUUGGUCGCCGGAAGGAAGCUCUGGAGAAAGCAGCAAGCACCGCGAAGCAUGGCAACAUUCACGCCAUUCAAGGCGAUAUCACCCAAAAGAGCGACCUCGAUCGAGCCGUUGCAGAGAUCAAGCAGGCUCAUGGAUACGUCAAUGUAGUCAUUGCUAAUUCGGGCAUCUCGGGCCCAGCCCUCAAGGGUCUACCCCCCAACCCGACGAUCGCUCAGUAUCGCGACUUUGUAUUCGGCUGGGACCAGAAAGACUUCACGGAAACCUUCGCUGUCAACACCACCGGGGUGUUCUUCACCGUGGCGGCGUUCCUUGAGCUUCUUGACGAGGGUAACAAGCGCGGCAACUUCAAGCAAAGGAGUCAGGUGAUUGCAACGAGCAGCAUUGGCGCCUACAACCGCCAACCGAUGGGGUUCGCCUACGGGGCGUCGAAGGCGGCUGUCGUACACAUGUUCAAGCAAUUAAGCACAGUUUUGGUUCCAUUUAACAUCCGCGCAAACGUGAUCGCCCCGGGAUGGCCCGAGAACCCGUCCACUGUUACUGAUCUCAAUGUGCCAGUCUACCCGAGCGAGAUGACUACAGGAAUGUUGGAGCAGCACAAGGACGGUUGGCCAAAGUCAUUCAUCCCGGAGGAGAGAGCUGGAGACUUGGAGGACAUGGCUGGCGCGGUUCUGUUCCUGGUCAGCAGAGCCGGGGCCUACACCAAUGGCAACGUACUUGUUACCGAUGGUGGAAGACUCGGUGUGGUGCCAUCGAGCUAUUGA